GCUGUUCCUUUUGGUCACAUCUUAUGGCUUAUUAUCAAUUGGAAACCAACGAUGCCAUCGAUGGCGCCAAACAUAAAGCCAUUGAUUCAUCGCAAUUAACUCCUGGCUUGGCGUGGAUUCUAUUCAAGAAAAGAAUUGAUUCAUUGUCUCAGAUGUCAAUGGAUUCGUCGCCACAAUCGACUCCUUCCUCUCCUUCCAAGUCAUCGCAAGUGAAUUGCAGUAUCAAUAAUAAGAGUCCAUUCAAAUCGUUGCCCACAACUAUUUUAUACGAUAUCAGAUCUGUGCGAUUGAUGGCAGACAUUAAGACAGAUGUUGGCAAAUGUCGAGCUUUUAUUCGUUUGGCUCUCGAACGCAAAUUAUUGUCCAAACACUUGAGA